CUACGGGAAUAAUCCCAGCUCCUACGAUCGGCGACCACGAUGCAGUUUUUGCCUGUGUAAACGUUCGUGUGCGCCGUUUUCAACCUAGAUACAAAUGGAUACGACUGGAGAGGAAAUUUGUAACCGAAGAAUUUCUUCAAGACUCCGCUAACCUACCGUUUUCCGUAAUAUAUGGAUUAGAAUCACCCGACGACAUGGUAAAUGCACUCAACACUUUGUUUAGUGAAUCUAUAGAGAGACACGCUCCAUUAAAAAGAAUCAAGUUAACACGCCCCCCUGCACCAUGGAUGAAUGCAAAUGAAAUACGAAAACUACAGGCGGAUCGGGACAGACUGCGCUUUGAAGCUCACAAAGCCAACAGUGAUGAUUCUUGGAAGGCCUUUCGAGAAGUUCGCAACAAGAUAAAGUCUGUUAUUAAUAAAACAAAACGAAACUUUAUUAAAACUGCUCUUUCUUCUAACAGACCAAAGGAGGUAUGGAGAAUGAUACACCGUAUUCUCCACCCUAAUAAGAAGCCUCUUCACGCAGAUCCAGAUAAACUCAAUGACUAUUUUAUUAAUACGAACGAAAGGACAUUAGGAACCAAGCCAGCUGCACUAUCAGAUUUACUUGAAUUCAUUGAUUCUCUUUCCGAUAGUACAACGCCACAGCAAUCAUUCUCUUUACGACCCGUUUCGCAUCGUGAGGUGUUGUGCGAGAUUGACAAACUCCGCUCAGACACAUCUACUGGUAUUGAUAAUAUACCGGUUAAGUUUGUAAAACUGGCGAGAGAACAUCUGGCGGGUCCUUUACAAUACAUAAUAAACAAUUGUAUUGCUAGGUCGGCCUUUCCAGAAGCGUGGAAAAUUGCAAGAAUAUCGCCCAUCCCUAAAAUAGAUCAACCUUUGUGUGAGGCGGACUAUAGACCUGUCUCAAUUUUGCCGGCGUUAUCAAAGGUAUUUGAGCGGCUUGCAUUGUUUUAAAUCAGAUGAUUGCGUAUAUUGAAGAAAGGGUGCUUCUUGGAGCUACGAUAUCUGGAUUUCGAAAAGGGCAUUCGACAACAACUGUGUUGCUGGGUAUUCGAGACGCGUUGAUUCGAGCAUCAAAGAAAGGAGAGGUAACUCUAAUGGUUUAUGCAGACUAUAGCAAAGCUUUUGAUACUGUACAGUUCAGGUGUGUUCUGACUAAAAUGCAUGGAUUGGGUUUUUCAAAAUCAUUUCUGCACUGGAUGAUUAACUAUCUUACAAAUAGACAACAGUUGGUACAAAUCAACGAUAGUAAAUCUAGUCUUCUUACCGUACAAUUUGGCGUACCACAAGGCUCAGUUCUUGGACCGGCGAUUUUCAAUCUAUACGUCGCUGAUUUACAGGAAAAGCUUCAACUACCUUGCUAUCAAUAUGCGGACGAUACAUCGUUUUAUACCCAUUCAAAAGUAUGUGAUCUAGACUCGGCUGUAAAAGACGUUAAUGAUGCUAUAGUGCGAUUGGUCGAUUAUUCUCAAUGCUCUAAUUUGGCACUGAAUUCUUCCAAAACUGACUGGAUGCUAGUUUCCACACCUCAGAUGGCGCGUGCUCAUGAUCUGGGUGACCGUACGUUUAGUAUUAAAUGUGGGGACAAAUUCCUUGAACGAAUAAAAUGUAAAAAUCUUCUAGGAAUUUAUUUGAACGAGCAUCUUUCAUGGUCUUCACAUAUCGACUAUUUGCUAACUUCUUGUUAUGGAAUACUAGCAGUGUUGAAAAAGCUGAAGAAUUUGACGCCUUUCCAUGUGAGAAAAACACUGGUUGAAAGCCUUGUGCUUUCCAAAAUUGACUAUGCUAGUCCUGUAUUCCACCCAUUGCCAAUAUACCAACAAAAACGACUUCAACGCCUCCAAAAUUCAUGCGCGGGUUUUGUGUUAAGGAGAUUUGCAAGACAGGAAGACCUUGCCACCUUGAAUUGGCUAAACAUUAGUAAAAGGAUGGAUUUUAAUAUUUUAAAAUUAGCAUAUAAAGCUUUACAUGACGAUUCUUUUCCAGAAUAUUUAAGAUUAUCGCUACAUUGCGUUAAUGCAUAUAGUCUAAGAUCAUCUUCUGCACCUGUCCUGGAUAUUCCCAAGGAGUCAGGAACAUUUCAAGACUCAGCAGCCUCCAUUUUUAAUAAGCUUCCGGAAGAAAUCAGGAAUAUUAACAAUUAUAGAACUUUCUGUCGUUGUAUAAAAAAACAUUUUAAAAACAGUGAAUGA